GGCCCGAAUGCCCGAUAUCAACAAUCAUAAUUUUAUUAUCAUACGAGAUUGUGUAGAAUUAUAAUCAAAAUAUUCUUUAAUUAACUGACAGAUAGGUACCACGUCCUCGUGCUUGUAAACAUCUGAGAUUUAGCCAAACCGGAUUUUAGAUUAAAUGUGAUAAAAUUAUGAAUUAAUUUUAGUAUACCCUCAACUAUUCUAACGAAGUAAUAAAAUUACACUACGGAAAUCUAAUUGAGUAAUUACCCUCGGAGAAUUUGUAGUUACACAUCGUAAAAUUAAUUAAUAAGAUUUGGAGUAAUGCAUCCUGCCUCUGAAGAUACCCAAUAUGGGCAUUCCACCUGUGUAGUACAAACAAGAGAGGGGCCUAUACGCGGUUAUAUUGACAGAAAUGAUGAGGGAACUUACUACAAAUUCAAGAGCAUACCUUUUGCCAGGCCUCCUAUCGGCCCAUUACGAUUUAUGCCACCUCAACCUAUUGCUCCAUGGGCUGAAGAAUUAGACUGCACCAUGAAUUCGCCUAUGCCAGUAUGUGUUGGCCGGGAACGAAAAAUGAUUGGUGCAGAGGACUGUCUUUAUCUUGAGGUCAUCAGUCCCAACAUCAAACCUAACAAGCCCAUGCCCGUCAUGUUUUUUAUGCCCAGUUAUGGAUUCGGAUAUCGUGUAGAAGAGAUUUAUGAUGCAUCUUUAAUAACAAAUCACGAUGUUGUCUAUGUGAUUUGCAAUGGAAGGUUGGGGCCAUUUGGCUUCUUGUCUAUCAAUGACAUAUCUGCUCCAGGUAAUAAUGGAUUGAAAGACUUAGUAUUAGGUCUGAAAUGGGUUCAGAGGAAUAUACAUACCUUUGGAGGAGAUCCAAAGAAUGUCACUAUAUUUGGGUCAUGUUCAGGUGGCUCUAUGGUGCAUUUUAUGAUGCUUUCACCAAUGGCAACUGGGCUAUUCCACAAAGCCAUUAUUCAAAGUGCCACAGCAUUAAAUAAUUGGUCUAUAGAUAGGAACCCAACCGCUGUGGUAACAGAACUGGCCAUGAAGUUAGGCUUACAAACCAGCUGCAUGGUGACAAUCAUAGAGAACUUAAAAAAAUGCUCAAAAGAUGAUCUCACAUCUGCCUGGAUGGAUAUGGUCCAAGAACGAAUAGCGCGAUUUGAAGGUAAUUUUGUGGACUCAGUCUUUAAGCCCUGCAUUGAACAAGAGUUUGAGGGCCAACCCGCGUUUCUUACGAGAAGCCCAACAUUAAUUGUUAAAUCUGGAAAUUUCAAUAAAGUGCCAUUUAUAAUUGGAAGCAAUAGUAAAGAAGGUGAGUUUGUACGCUUUAUAGGUGUCAAUUAUUAUGACUACAAAAAGAUAAAUGAAAAUGUGCGACAUAUGGUUCCAAAACCAAUAGCAGUAGAAGACAAUUUGGACCAGGUGAUAGGGCAAAAGAUUUUGAAGUUUUAUUCAGGUGGUGAAGAUUUUAUGAAUGAGGAUAGUAAAGACCAAUAUAUACAACUUAUCAGUGACUUCUUUUUUAUAUAUCACGUAACCAAAACUGUCCAACUGCACACAACUUUUGCACCAGAAUGUCCAAUAUACUACUAUAUCUUAACCCACGCCGGGGAAUGGAGAUUGCCAAAGGAUUUGGAAUUAUUUAACUGUGUUGGACAUCAUGCAGAAAUACCUUUUAUAUUCCGUAUUGCAAUCCCGGGAUCGCCACCUUGCAAGGGCAGUCGUGACUCUGUUACAACUAGACGCAGAGUUAUCAAAAUGUGGACCAACUUUGCCAAAUAUGGAAACCCAACACCCGACGAAAAUGAUCCGCUUCUACAGAUUAAAUGGGACCCAGUAGAUAACGCAAAUAAGUUGAAUUAUUUAAAUAUCGGAUCUGAACUUACCAAAGGAAGGAAUCCGUUCAGGGACAGAAUGGCGUUUUGGGACGAUCUGCUACACCAACAUAAGUUCCUGAAAAUACUAAGUUUCUUCCAGGAUUUCGGAAUGGCUUGCUGAUAUGAUAUUAACCUUUUGGACACCAAUAACCGAUAUAUCCGCACCGCAGGUCCAACGCCAAAGACGGAUUAGACCUACGUGCAUAUGCAUAAAGUUCAAUUUCAGUUUUGACACUUCGGUGGCGUCCGAGUAACAGCUUUUGUGUUUGACACGGCGUCGAAAAGGUUAAUAUACAGUAAAACCCGCUUAAGAAGAUUCUUACUAUGAAAAUGUAUGACAACGUGUUGCCGGGACCAGGGGGCCGAUUUUUGAAAUUCGAUCGCUCGAUUUCGUCACUCGAAAAUCGGUGAAAACGGCAAAAUGCUAAUUUUUGAAAUACGAGCGAUCGUAAUUUGGAAUCUAGUGGUAUUGACCACUCGAUUUCAAUUCUAUUAGUAGCGUUUAAACGCCUAGUAGUGGAGAUAUCAUUUAACGAAAUACACGAAAUCGAGUGGUCGAAUUUCAAAAAUCGGCACCCCAGUGUAAAAAAAUAGUAUAUUACGCGAUAAAGGUUAGUACCUUAAAUAACGGGUUCUACUGUGUUCCUGGUUUGACCUUGUGCAAGUUUCGCUAUUACAGGGAUAUUAUAUUAUUAAAAGUUUAUUAUGCAUUUUAGAAAAUUUAUAAAUUAUAAUCUAUUUCAUUCCAAUAAACGGUUGUGCACUUGUAAACAUUAAAAUGUAAGAGAAAAAGGGAUAAUUGUGCAAUUGAAAUGUUUUUAUACCGUUUUUAAAUAUAUUAAUGUUAUUUUUAAUAUUGAUUUCUUUCAUCUUAUUUAAUACCCUAUCAACAUCUCAUCACAUAAUAAUAAUAAAACACACCAAGCAUAGGUGUUUUACCAAGUAAACUAGAUGGCGUUGUAUGCCGCCAUGCGUUUUCGGGUUACUGGUAAUCUAAGGCCCACUUGCACCAUUCCACUAACCCAGGGUUAACCGGACAAACCUGGAGUUACCAUGGUUACCAGUACAAUUUGACACUAAGUUAACGGCUUAACCUCGGGUUAGUGGGAUGGUGCAAGUGGCCCUAAUUAUGUAGAUACGACUUAAUUAUUUUAUCUACUAUGUUUUCAAAAACCGCAAAAUACGGCCAGGAUAUAGAUUUUUAUCGUGUGAUCAAAUGACGCAAUGGCAGUCGUAACAUGCGGCUCCUGGACACAUCAUAAAAAGCUUAUUAUACGAUAUGUAGGUCUAAAAGGCUAAUAGGAAAGGAAUAAAUAAAAAGGACCAUGAGAUGUUACCAAUUUUGUUAUAAUACAUACAUAGUCAAUUAAAACGUUACUUUCCACAUAACAAUAUACAGGUAUGUAUAUUUAAUAUUAACAAAUAUUAGCCACUAUUGUUGCCAACAAAAUAUAUUCAUUUUUCUAAAAAAUAUAUGAUCUAGAUAUGCCAUUAUCUACACAGCAAAUAAUAAAGAAGCGCUUUUAUUGUUAACAAUUAUCAAUAUUAUCAUACAUAUAAAUUAAUAAAAUCACAUGUAGUACCUACAUUGGUGCAAA